AUGGUGAUCAGAAAAUUCUGUGAGCUAGUUCAGAAAUCUAUUACGCAAGAAUUUAAUCUUUCGCGUAUUAUAUUCUCUCCUUUUCGCGUAUUAACUUCAUUAGUGCAAGUUGAAGAAGUAAGAGGGCAAAAAAUGACGGAACUUCAAACCCUUUUUAAAGAGCACUGCGUUGUUCCUGAUGUGAUAAAUAUAUCCCCUUCAGAAUUGUUGACCAUAAAAUAUCCGAGUGGUUCGGUUGUAACAACGGGUAAAGAGUUGACUCCUACUCAAGUUAAAGAUCAACCGGUUGUACAAUGGGCUGCUAAAGAGGACGAAUAUUAUACGCUAGCAAUGGUUGAUCCUGAUGCCCCAAGCCGUGAAGAACCCAAGUUUCGUGAAUGGCAUCACUGGCUGGUAGGAAAUAUUCACGGCGGACAUAUUGGGAAAGGCGAGAUAUUGUCUGAAUACAUUGGAUCCGGUCCUCCUAAAGGAACAGGCUUACAUCGCUAUGUGUUUUUGGUAUACAAGCAGCCUGAAAAAUGUGAUUUCUCUAAAAUAACAAAGCUUCGAAAUAAUUCAGGCGAAAAAAGAGGAAAAUUUUCUAUUGCAAAAUUUGCGACGCAAUUCAAAUUUGGAAGCCCGAUUGCUGGCAACUUCUAUGUAGCCAAAUAUGAUGACUAUGUGCCGAAAUUGUACGCUAAAUUGAAGGGUUAA